CAGUGAAUUCAGCAGCGAGCGCCCGUCUGUCUCUGUGUCUUAUUGGAGCUCACCGCGCGGUGGCACCGUGCGUCAGCCCCCUUCGCGCGCACCUCUCUCUCUGAUCUGCUGCUCAUAUGAUGCUGGAGAUUUUCAGCGCGACGGGGCCGGUUCCUGGGCGGCAAUCAGCGAUGACAGUUUGAUCUCUCACGAAUACCGUUUUCCACCCUCGUACCCAGCGGAGCUUUACGAAGAGCAUGUUUCGAUUAGACCAAGCGACACCGUGUCGCACUAAAACGGGACUUGGAAAGUUACUUAAGCCGAAUGAAGCUUAUCCCGCAUCUGGGCGGACGCAAUGAACGGGAGGUUCUUCACUGCAAAAGACUCGUUUUGGGGAGAACAUAUAGCUACGCGCCAGGAACAGAGCUAACUUUUGGUUUACUGGAAUGAGAAAAACAGCGUCAUUGAUCAUGAGCGAAUUAUCACCCGUCUAAUCAGAUCUUGGGGACCGUUAUCAAGUUGUGAACUAGAGGCGUUUGCUCUCUGGAGUGGGAAUACACUUAUCGAUCAAACAUUUAUUAAGUGAAUGCAUGAGAGCAGAGACAGUGGAUAAAAUAACACAAGUCUCCGUGAUCAGACUUCUGUGCAUUCCGUGCACUGUUUAGGACUGAAGUUUUAACAUACUGUUCACAAACUCACACCUACAACGGAGUUGAACAAUAUUCAAGUUUGAGAUAUAAAUGUAAAGGGAUAGUAUUUUGACUCAAGACGCGCCAGAGACACUCCAGAAAACUACGCGCACAACUGUGGCUGGACUGUGGAGGAGCAACAUGUACCCGGCGUGCCGGACAAACGCGUUCGGUGUCUCUUCAUCUGCCUCUCUGGCAAUGUUGGGGAAUUCGGGUAAAGCAAAGAAAAGACUCUGUUGGAUUGUAAUAUUGCUGUCCGUGCUCCUACGUCAGGCGUCUACACAAGAUGAUGUUCCUCCAUACUUUAAAACAGAGCCGGUACCGAGUCAGUUGCACUUGGAAAGGAACCGGUUGGUUCUAACUUGUAUGGCCGAGGGGAGCUGGCCAUUGGAGUUUAAAUGGAUCCACAACGACACAGAGAUCACGCGCUUCUCGCUGGAGUACAGGUAUUUGAUACCAUCUCUGGACAGAUCGCAUGCUGGCUUCUAUCGGUGUAUUGUGAGGAACAGAGUCGGGGCGUUGUUACAGAGAAGAACCGAAGUACAAGUGGCAUACAUGGGAAGCUUUGAGGAAGGGGAACGAACCCAAGCCGUAUCCCAAGGAGAAGGAGCCGUAAUACUGGCGCCUCAUAUUCGCUGUUUCCCUCAACCACAGGUGACCUGGUUCAGAGACGGCCGCAAAAUCCCUCCCAGCAGUCGAAUAGCCAUUACUCUGGACAAUACGCUGGUCAUCCUGUCCACUGUGGCCCCAGAUGCUGGAAGAUACUACGUACAAGCCGUGAAUGACAAGAACGGUGAAAACAAGACUGGCCAGCCCAUAACGCUGUCUGUGGAAAAUGUUGGUGGUCCUGCAGACCCCAUCGCUCCCACCAUUGUCAUCCCGCCGAGGAACACCAGCGUCAUCUCCGGCACCUCUGAGAUCACCAUGGAGUGUGUGGCCAACGCUAGGCCUUUAAUAAAGCUGAGCAUCAUCUGGAAGAAGGACGGUGUUCCGGUGAGGAGUGGACUGAGUGAUUUUAACCGUAGACUGACGGUGUUGAGUCCAGUGGUCAGCGACUCGGGCUUCUACGAGUGUGAAGCUGUCCUCCGCAGCAGCAGCGUUCCCUCUGUCAGCUCUGGAGCGUACCUACAAGUGCUCGAACCACCUCAGUUUGUGAAGGAACCAGAAAAACACAUCACAGCUGAAAUGGAAAAAGUAGUGGACAUUCCCUGCCAGGCCAGAGGUGUGCCACAGCCUGAUAUUGUGUGGUACAAGGAUGCAGUACCCAUAAGCCCUGUGAAGACCCCGCGCUACAGAGUUCUAGCAGGAGGUAGUCUCCAGGUUAACGGCCUCUUACCCGACGACACAGGAAUGUUCCAGUGCUUCGCUCGCAACCAGGCCGGAGAGGUGCAGACCAACACCUACCUCGCCGUUACGAGCAUAGCACCGAACAUCACUGCGGGGCCUUCCGACAGCACUGUGAUUGACGGCAUGUCAGUUAUCCUUCACUGUGAGACCUCAGGAGCGCCCCGUCCUGCCAUCACCUGGCAGAAAGGAGAACGAGUGCUAGCAAGCGGUUCGGUUCAGCUCCCUCGGUUCACUCUCCUGGAGUCAGGAAGUUUACUCAUAAGCCCCUCCCACAUAUCAGACGCCGGCACCUACACCUGUAUGGCCAGCAACUCCCGUGGCAUAGACGAGGCCUCGGCCGACCUCGUGGUCUGGGCACGUACACGCAUCACUAACCCUCCUCAGGAUCAGAGUGUCAUCAAAGGAACAAAAGCCACCAUGACCUGCGGUGUGACGCAUGACCCCAGCGUCUCAGUCAGGUUCGUUUGGGAGAAGGAUGGUCAGGGGAUCAUUCCUCAGUCUCUGCCCUCGACUGCGGCUGGAUGUCAACGGGACGCUGCACAUCUCUCAGACCUGGUCAGGUGCAUCGGCACAUACACCUGCAGAGUGACAUCAGUGGGCGGAAAUGAUUCCCGUAGUGCGCAACUUACGCGUGAGGUCAGAGAUGAAAACACCACUGCCAUCAUCCUCUCUGCUCUGUUCCCUUCAUCUCUUCUGAUUAUUUCAUUUUGUUCUCUUCCUGUUCUCUGA